UCUUAAGUAAUGGAAAUUUGAAUAACCAUGUAAAUUUUUUGUUUGUACAGAUGCUAAUCCUUGUCAAAAAAAUGAAAAUGGGCAUCUACCUGAGGACUAUGCAAAAGAUAGUGAAAUGAAAAACCUUAUAAACAGCUUUAAAUCUCAGUUUCUGGAAAAACAGAGAAGAAAAGAAGCUGAAGAACGGCGCCGGUUUCCUCUAGAAGCAAGAAUUAAGAAACACAUUGUAGGCCAAGAUGGUGCUCUUACUACAGUGGCUUCAGCAAUAAGAAGAAAAGAAAAUGGCUGGUACAAUGAAGACCGACCUCUUGUUUUGCUAUUUCUGGGAUCUUCUGGAGUUGGAAAAACAGAAAUGGCAAAGCAAGUGGCUAAUUACCUUCAUAAAGGAAAUGCAAAGAGUUUCAUCAGACUAGACAUGUCUGAAUACCAGGGAAAACAUGAGGUAUCUAAGUUUAUUGGUUCACCACCAGGUUAUGUAGGACAUGAAGAAGGUGGUCAACUCACUAAAAAGUUACGAGAUUUUCCAAAUGCUGUUGUUCUAUUAGAUGAAAUUGACAAAGCUCAUCCAGAGAUUUUAACUAUUAUGCUCCAGUUGUUUGAUGAGGGGAGAUUAACUGAUGGAAGAGGGAAGACAAUAGAGUGUAAAGAUGCAAUUUUUAUUAUGACAUCAAACCUUGCCAACAGUGAGAUAGCCAACUAUGCUUCAGAGCUACGAGUAGAAGCUAGACAAAGGCUGGAAGCAUACAACAAAGAACUGAGAAAUGAAGAGAAAAUACCUAUCUCCAAAAAGUUCAAGGAUGAAGUUGUCCGACCUAUAUUAAAGAGACAUUUCCAAAGAGAUGAGUUCCUCGGAAGAAUCAAUGAAAUAGUUUACUUUCUUCCAUUCUCAAGAUCAGAACUAAUAAAGCUUGCUGACAAGGAAAUGGAGUUUUGGGCCAAAAAGGCUAAAGAAAAGCAUGAUAUCGAAUUAAAGUGGGAUAAUACAGCUUUGGAUAUUUUAUGUGAUGGCUAUGACAUGUAUUAUGGAGCCAGGUCAAUAAAAUAUCAGGUUGAAAGAGAAGUUAUAAAUGUACUUGCCCAGUCACAUGAAAAUGAAGAGAUUCAUAGAGGAAGCAUAAUAGACAUUACAGGAGAAGACCAAACUAGAAUCCUGAAAAUACGAUUGGUAGAAAAAGGAAAGAGAGGUGAACUCAUUUUUCGUGAUUUGCCAUUAGGUCAUAAACACCCAGUACACACAAAACUGGCAAACAGUUUUUUCAGAUAGAUGGUGUAAUUUUCAACACUAUGAUAAAAAGUAUCAAUGCAAAACUAAGUCUCAUCAUUUCCAAAUGAUACAUGGUGUGACUUUCAACAGUGUAAUAAAAAUAUGACUGCAA